AUGAAGGAGACGUUGUACCUCAAUACUUCAUCAAUCAGAGAUGAGACCGUUAUCAUCCAAUCCACAACCUACUCACUAUAUCACUUACAUUUGCCACAUCCUCAAGACAUCAUCAACAGCCUUAAUACCACCACCAAACCAUUAAACAGGAGAAAGAACACUUACAGAAAACUCGAGCAGAAUGUCCACACGUAUGAUGAGAGGCUGAUGAAGACGACGACGACGACGAACUGCAUGAUGGCAUCUUCUGAAAGGCAUCCACUGCAGCUUCGCGUAUUCGACUCUCCUAAAUUUUACGAUCAUAAUUAG